AUGGCUAAAAUGAUGGCUGUGGUUUGUUUGUUUGCUGUAAUUCACAAUGUCAGGGCAAACGAUUGUCUGAAUGUUGUGUCGCGUGUGAUUCCUUGCCGGAACUAUUUGCAAAAUCCUGUCCCAAUCACGCCGGAUAAUCAGUGUUGUGCGGCCGCCAAAAACAUUUUGGCGGGAAAUGGGGACAGUGAGGAACAUUUGUGCGGAUGUUUGAGGCAAAAUACGUUGGGCUUUGGAUUUAUCCCCUCCAAGGCUCAAAGGCUCCAUAGUCUCUGCAAUCUUGCUGGUUUUUCGCCGCUUGUCAAUUGCCUGGCCCCAUCAGUGACGUCAGGCAAAGCCACCAUUAAUAUCCCGCCGUUGCCUCCAUUGCUGCCGCCGCUGAUUCCCGGUUUGCCGCCGCUGAUUCCGAUUCCACCACUCACUCCCCUUCUCCCACCGCUGACUCCGGGGCUGCCGCCGCUGAUUCCGAUUCCGCCGGCCAAUUCCUUACUGCCGCCGUUGAUUCCAAUUCCGCCAGUCACUCCCUUACUGCCGCCGUCAAAUCCGCUUAUUCCGAUUCCGCCGGUCACCCCCUUACUGCCGCCGCUGAUUCCAAUUCCGCCGGUCACUCCCCUUCUUCCACCGCUGAUUCCCGGUGCUCCGCCGGCGGCGUGA